AUGCACGGACCGCCCUCCGGCGACAGCGCAUGCCCAUUGCGCCUCAUCAAGAGAGUGCAAUUCGGCAUCAUCAGCCCAGAUGAGCUUAAACGGAUGUCGGUCACAGAAGGGGGAAUCAAGUACCCCGAGACCACAGAAGGAGGACGUCCUAAACUUGGUGGGCUGAUGGACCCCAGACAAGGGGUCAUCGAACGAUCCGGAAGGUGUCAAACGUGUGCAGGCAACAUGACAGAAUGCCCGGGCCACUUCGGCCACAUAGAGCUGGCAAAGCCUGUCUUCCACGUGGGUUUCGUCAACAAGAUCAUGAAGGUUCUCCGAUGUGUCUGCUACUCCUGCUCCAAGCUUCUGGUCGACACGAAUAACCCAAAGAUCAAAGACAUCCUGCAGAAGUCCAAGGGGCAGCCCAGGAAGCGUCUGACCCACGUGUACGACCUGUGUAAAGGCAAGAACAUCUGCGAGGGCGGAGAGGAGAUGGACAACAAGUUUGGAGUGGACCAGCAGGAGCACGACAGUGAGGACAUCACUAAGGAGAAGGGGCACGGUGGCUGUGGGCGCUACCAGCCGCGUAUCCGCCGGUCGGGCCUGGAGUUGUACGCCGAGUGGAAGCACGUGAACGAGGACUCGCAGGAGAAGAAGAUCCUGCUGAGCCCAGAGCGCGUCUACGAGAUCUUCAAGCGUAUCUCGGACGAGGAGGAUGUCAUCCUGGGCUUGGACCCCAAGUUCUCCCGGCCCGAGUGGAUGAUCGUCACAGUACUCCCCGUGCCACCACUGGCUGUCCGGCCCGCCGUUGUCAUGCAGGGCUCUGCUCGUAACCAGGACGACUUGACACACAAGCUGGCCGACAUCGUCAAGAUCAACAACCAGCUGCGGCGGAACGAGCAGAGCGGCGCGGCGGCCCACGUCAUCGCCGAGGACGUGAAGCUGCUGCAGUUCCACGUGGCCACCAUGGUGGACAACGAGCUGCCAGGCCUACCCAGGGCGAUGCAAAAAUCGGGCCGCCCACUUAAAUCCCUCAAACAGCGCCUGAAGGGGAAGGAGGGGCGAGUCCGAGGUAACUUGAUGGGGAAACGUGUGGACUUCUCCGCCCGAACCGUCAUCACCCCCGACCCCAACCUCCAAAUCGACCAAGUGGGUGUCCCGCGCUCCAUCGCAGCCAACAUGACCUUCCCAGAAAUCGUCACACCCUUUAACAUUGACAGGUUACAGGAGUUGGUGCGCAGAGGCAACAGCCAGUACCCCGGAGCCAAAUAUAUCAUCCGCGACAACGGGGACAGAAUCGACCUGCGGUUUCACCCCAAACCAAGUGACCUUCACCUGCAGAUUGGCUACAAGGUGGAAAGACAUAUGUGCGACGGUGACAUCAUUAUCUUCAACAGACAGCCCACGCUACAUAAAAUGUCUAUGAUGGGGCACAGAGUCCGAAUCUUGCCCUGGUCCACCUUUCGAAUGAACCUCAGUGUAACCACCCCGUACAAUGCUGACUUUGACGGGGACGAGAUGAACCUGCAUCUACCCCAGUCCCUGGAGACGAGAGCUGAGAUCCAGGAGCUUGCCAUGGUGCCUCGGAUGAUCGUCACCCCCCAGUCCAACAGGCCCGUCAUGGGCAUCGUGCAGGACACCCUCACCGCGGUGCGCAAGUUCACCAAGAGGGAUGUCUUCCUAGAGCGGGGCGAUGUGAUGAACCUCCUGAUGUUCCUGUCCACGUGGGACGGCAAGGUGCCCCAGCCAGCCAUCCUGAAGCCCCGGCCACUCUGGACGGGCAAGCAGAUCUUCAGCCUCAUCAUCCCGGGCCACAUCAACGCCAUCCGAACACACAGCACCCAUCCAGACGAGGAGGACAGUGGGCCAUACAAACACAUCUCCCCUGGGGACACCAAGGUGAUAGUGGAGAACGGAGAGCUGAUCAUGGGCAUCCUGUGUAAGAAGUCCCUGGGUACCUCGGCUGGCUCCCUGGUCCACAUCUGUUUCCUGGAGAUGGGCCACGACGUCACCCGCCUCUUCUACUCCAACAUCCAGACGGUGGUCAAUAACUGGCUGCUCAUUGAGGGUGCCUCUAUUGGUAUUGGUGAUUCUAUUGCUGACGCAAAGACUUACCUUGACAUUCAGAACACCAUCAAGAAGGCCAAGCAGGAUGUAAUAGAGGUCAUUGAGAAGGCCCACAACAACGAGUUGGAGCCCACCCCUGGUAACACGCUGAGGCAGACCUUUGAGAACCAGGUGAAUCGCAUCCUGAAUGAUGCCCGUGACAAAACGGGUUCCUCCGCCCAGAAGUCCCUGUCUGAGUACAACAACUUCAAGUCCAUGGUGGUGGCCGGCUCCAAAGGCUCCAAGAUUAACAUCUCUCAGGUUAUUGCUGUGGUGGGGCAGCAGAACGUGGAGGGUAAACGUAUCCCCUUCGGCUUCAAGCACCGCACGCUCCCCCACUUCAUCAAGGAUGACUACGGCCCUGAGAGCAGAGGCUUCGUGGAGAACUCGUACCUGGCUGGCCUCACGCCCACUGAGUUCUUUUUCCACGCCAUGGGAGGCAGAGAGGGGCUUAUUGACACGGCCGUGAAGACCGCCGAAACUGGUUACAUCCAGCGUCGUCUGAUCAAGUCCAUGGAGUCUGUGAUGGUGAAGUACGACGCCACCGUGAGGAACUCCAUCAACCAGGUGGUGCAGCUGCGCUACGGAGAGGACGGCCUGGCCGGGGAGGCUGUGGAGUUCCAGAACAUGGCCACGCUCAAACCCUCCAACAAGGCCUUCGAGAAGAAGUUCAGGUUUGACUGCACCAAUGAGCGGGCGCUGCGGCGCACCCUGCAGGAGGACGUUGUGAAGGACGUGAUGACCAAUGCCCAGGUGCAGAGUGCCCUGGAGAGAGAGUAUGAGAAGAUGAAGGAGGACAGAGAGAUUCUGAGGGCCAUCUUCCCCACUGGGGACAGCAAGGUGGUGCUUCCAUGCAACCUGGCCAGGAUGAUCUGGAACGCCCAGAAGAUCUUCCGGAUCAACCCCCGCACCCCCACAGACCUCAACCCCCUUCGAGUGGUAGAGGGUGUCCAGGAGCUGAGUAAGAAGCUGGUGAUUGUGAACGGCGAGGACCACCUGAGCAGACAGGCCCAGCAGAACGCCACGCUGCUUUUCAACAUCCACCUGCGCUCCACGCUCAGCUCCCGACGCAUGACAGACGAGUUCCGACUGAGCACUGAGGCUUACGACUGGCUACUGGGGGAGAUCGAGAGCAAGUUCAACCAGUCUAUUGCCCACCCGGGUGAGAUGGUGGGGGCGUUAGCAGCCCAGUCGCUGGGAGAACCCGCCACCCAGAUGACCCUGAACACCUUCCACUACGCCGGUGUGUCGGCCAAGAACGUCACUCUGGGCGUGCCGCGUCUCAAGGAGUUGAUCAACAUCUCCAAGCGGCCCAAGACCCCCUCCCUAACCGUGUUCCUGCUGGGCCAGGCGGCCCGCGACGCAGAGAGGGCCAAGGAUAUCCUCUGUCGGCUGGAACACACCACCCUCAGAAAGGUGACGGCCAACACAGCCAUCUACUACGACCCUAACCCCCAGAGCACGGUGGUGACGGAGGACCAGGAGUGGGUCAACGUCUACUAUGAGAUGCCCGACUUUGACGUGACUCGCAUCUCCCCCUGGCUCCUCCGCAUCGAGCUCGACCGCAAACACAUGACUGACCGCAAGCUGACCAUGGAGCAGAUCGCAGAGAAGAUCAAUGCAGGUUUCGGAGAUGAUCUGAACUGUAUCUUCAAUGACGACAACGCCGAGAAGCUGGUCUUGCGAAUUCGCAUCAUGAACAGCGACGAGAACAAGUUCCAUGAGGAUGAGGAAGUGGUGGACAAGAUGGACGACGACGUGUUCCUGAGGUGCAUCGAGUCCAACAUGCUGACGGACAUGACACUGCAGGGCAUCGAGCAGAUCAGCAAGGUGUACAUGCACUUGCCCCAGACCGACAACAAGAAGAAGAUCAUCAUUACAGAGGAGGGAGAGUUCAAGGCCCUGCAGGAGUGGAUCCUGGAGACAGAUGGAGUGGGAUUGAUGAGGGUCCUCAGUGAGAAGGACGUGGACCCUGUCAGGACCACCUCCAACGAUAUUGUAGAGAUCUUCACGGUACUGGGUAUCGAGGCUGUACGUAAAGCGCUGGAGAGGGAGUUGAACCACGUCAUCUCCUUUGACGGUUCCUACGUCAACUACCGCCACUUGUCGUUGCUUUGCGACACCAUGACGUGCCGCGGUCACCUGAUGGCUAUCACACGUCAUGGCAUCAACAGACAGGACACGGGACCUCUCAUGAAGUGCUCCUUUGAGGAGACGGUGGAUGUGCUGAUGGAGGCGUCAUCCCACGGGGAGAGUGACCCUAUGAAGGGUGUGUCUGAGAACAUUAUGCUGGGCCAGCUGGCCCCCUGCGGGACGGGCUGCUUCGACCUGCUGCUGGACGCUGAGAAGUGCAAAUACGGCAUGGAGAUCCCCACCAACAUCCCCGGGAUCAGCGUGGCUGGACCCACCGGAAUGUUCUUUGGCUCGGCGCCUAGCCCCAUGAGUGGCAUGUCCCCUGCCAUGACCCCCUGGAACACUGGAGCCACCCCCGCCUAUGGUGCCUGGUCCCCCAGCAUUGGUAGCGGGAUGACUCCCGGAGCAGCAGGCUUCUCUCCCAGCGCAGCGUCCGAUGCCAGUGGCUUCUCUCCGGGCUACUCCCCGGCCUGGUCCCCUACCCCUGGAUCUCCUGGGUCCCCGGGGCCAGCCAGCCCCUACAUCCCCUCUCCAGGAGGUGCGAUGUCUCCCAACUACUCGCCCACCUCCCCGGCCUACGAGCCCCGCUCUCCUGGGGGAUACACCCCCCAAAGCCCGGGCUACUCCCCAACCUCCCCUCGUACUCCCCAACCUCCCCUCGUACUCCCCCACCAGCCCCAACUACAGCCCCACCUCACCCUCAUACUCCCCAACCUCCCCCUCCUACUCCCCAACCUCCCCUCGUACUCCCCAACCUCCCCUAGUUACUCCCCCACGUCCCCCUCCUACUCCCCAACCUCCCCUCGUACUCUCCAACCUCCCUAGUUAC